AUGUAUAUCAAGUCUUUCGUCGUUGCUACUAUAGUUGGCCUAGCCACUACUUCUCCCCUCGAAAAACGCCAAACCGGAACUACGUCCAAGGAAUUUUCCCAAGGCGGCUGCAGAGAUAUUUUAUUUGCGUUUGCGCGUGGAUCUACUGAAGCUGGGAAUAUGGGCACCAUCGUUGGCCCACAAACAUCCAACGGCCUAAAAGCUCAAUUCGGGGCCUCCACCGUCGCAACCGAAGGCAUCGACUACGCCGCAUUGCUCUCUACCAAUGCGCUCCCGGGCGGCACGGACGCGGCGUCCAAGAAUCUGAUGAAAGGAGUGUUAAAUGCUAUGGCUAUUCAGUGUCCGGACUCGGUCAUUGUCGCAGCAGGUUAUAGUCAAGGGGCGGCAGUGUGUCAUCGGGCUAUUGAGGAGUUGAGCGGGGCGGUGAAGGAUAGGAUUGUGGGGGUUGUUACGUAUGGGGAUACGCAAAAACAACAGGACAACGGCCAAAUCCCCAACUUCCCAAAAGACAAAGUCAAAAUCAUAUGUCAACCAGGUGAUCUUGUCUGUGUUGGCACACUGACUGUGCUGCCGCCGCAUUUAACGUAUGGUGCUAGGGCGGGCGAAGGCGUGCAGUUUUUGGCGCAGAAGAUCCAGGGAGCGCAGAAGAAGAUGAAAGCUAGGAAGGACGAAGAGUUGGUGGGUAGGGCUGCCGAGGGACUGGAGAAGGUGUAA